AUGAGACUCAUUAUCAGACCGGACGACAAGUCCUCUUGUGCAUACGUGGCGGGCUAUAUCCUGGAUCGUAUUCGCACGUUCGAGCCUACCCUAGAAAAGCCGUUCGUACUUGGGCUCCCGACAGGAAGUAGCCCAACCGCAGUGUAUGAGAUCCUGGCCUCAGAAUACAAAGCCGGUCGCAUCUCGUUUGAGAAUGUCAUUACAUUUAACAUGGAUGAGUACAUUGGCAUUCCCCAAAAUCAUCCUCAAUCAUACCACAGCUUCAUGUUCAAACAUUUCUUCUCACAUGUGAAUAUCAAACCCGAGAAUUUGCACAUUCUCGACGGCAAUGCACCAAAUCUUGACGAGGAAUGUACACAGUACGAAGCCAAGAUCAAGGCAGCCGGCGGCAUCGAGCUCUUUUUGGGCGGCGUAGGCCCUGACGGACACAUCGCCUUCAAUGAGCCUGGGUCCAGUCUGGCAUCUCGUACAAGGGUCAAGACACUGGCUAUGGACACGAUUCGCGCCAAUGCGCGCUUUUUUGGCGGUGAUGUCUCUAAGGUGCCUCAGAUGGCGCUGACGGUGGGUGUGCAGACAGUUAUGGAGGCCAAGGAAGUUGUGAUUAUCGCCAACGGUGCCUCCAAGGCUGUGGCAUUGCAAAAGACUGUCGAGGGCGGCGUCAAUCACAUGUGGACCCUCUCCUGCCUUCAACUUCACCCCUAUUCCAUGAUUGUCGCAGACGAAGACGCUUCACUGGAGCUACAGGUCAAGACUGUCAAGUAUUUCAAGAGUAUCGAGAAAGUUGGCCUUGGACGGGGCUUUGAGCAGAAGCUUCCCUUGAAGCUCCGGACAUGGUCGCUCGCUAGCCCACCUCGGACUCCAGACCUCAAGUCAUCGGGUCCAACCGGGGCGGACGAUCAUGUCGUCGAGCUUACUCCUGACAGUAUGUCGUCGCGCAUAGGGCCAUGGCCCCAGACAUAG